GGAGUGGGAGCGCCAAAGCCCCGGGCAUUAUCGGAUGCCUGCGACCGCGACCUUGCCUCUCGUCAAUUAAAAGCGAAAGUUCCAUAAGGCUUUUCGUAGGUGCGGGUUGAUUACCAGGGCAGCCAUGACGUCAUAGAUCCACAUGCGGCCGGUAUAAAACGAGAGCACUCCUUCAAUUCGGCAGUUCAAUCGUAACUCCGUACAUCAACACUACUCAAAAUGGCAUUCAGGUUUGUUGUGUUCACCUGCUUGGUCGCGGCUGCCACUGCUGGCGUAGUUCCCGCCGCUCCUGUGGCGUACGCUGCCGCCCCGGCCUACCACGCCGCCCCCGUGGCCUACGCCGCCGCGCCGGUCGCGCACGCCGCCCCAGUAAGCUACCACGCCGCCCCCAUCGCCAAGGUUGUGGAGGACUACAACGCUCACCCGCAGUAUAGCUUUGCGUACGACGUACAGGACGGACUCACUGGUGAUUCUAAGUCUCAGCACGAGUCUCGCGAUGGCGACGUCGUCCACGGCUCUUACUCCGUUGUGGACCCCGAUGGCACCAAGCGCACCGUCGAAUACACCGCUGACGACCACAAUGGCUUCAACGCGGUUGUGCACAGAGAGCCCCUCGCCGUCAAGGUUGCUGCUCCCGUAGUCGCCAAGGUCGCCGCUCCUGUCGCUUACCAUGCUGCCCCUGUUGUGCAUGCCGCGCCGCCGGCCUACCACGCCGCCCCAGCGGCCUACCACGCCGCCCCGGUCGCGUACCACUCCGCCCCGGUCGCGUACCACUCCACCCCAGUUGUGCACGCUGCCCCCGCCGCCUACUCUGCUCCCAUCUACCAUCACUAAUUGUAUAACUUUAUUUACCUCGUUUAGUUAGGUAACGGUUACACACACAAAUGCCAUGUAAAUAAUAAAGUAUUUAUUUUAUUAUAA